GGAGAAUGGAGUAGAGAGAGGAAAAGGAUGGUGAUGUUGCUAUUCAUGGGAAUGGUGGUAAACUUUAUUUCAUUGUUAUAGACAUUUUAGGUUAGAAGGAAUAUAUUAAGGAUUUUUCUCAAAGUGUAUUUUACAGGUCAUUUCUAUUAAAGUCAUGCAGGGUGCUUGUUAAAAUGCAGAAUUUUGAGUUCUGCUAAAACCACUAACAUCAGAAUCUCUGUAGGCUGGGUCCUGGAAAUAAUACAAUAAAACUUGAAAAGCACUGUUAUAGAAGGAGAUAAUCUAAUUUCAUCAUUCUGGGUAGAAUUUUAAUUUCAAAUACUGUGAAGAAAAGUAGGAGUGUGAUUUAACAGUAGGGUGGAGGAGGAAGGAAUUACUUUCGUUUGGGUAGUCAGGGAAAGCCUCUCUGAGAAAUUGGUGUUUGAACUGAGACCUAAAUAAUGAAGAGGAAUGAGCCAUGCAAAGGUCUGGAAAAGGAACGUCCAGGCAGAGGGAACAGCAUGUGUGUAGGCAGGAUUGAGAGUGGAUUUGAGGACCUGGAUGAAAGCCAGUGUGGCUUGAAUAGUGUAGGAGAGUGAUAAGAAGUGAAGUUUGUGGCAGGAUGAAUGGUGGGAGGUCAGAUCUCACAGUCUUCUAGGUCAUAAUAAGGAGUUGGAUUUUAUUCUGUCUGCAGUGGGAAACUAUCUGAGUGUGACAUGACCUACAUUUCUGUAAGACCACUCCAGCUAUAUGAGGAGAAUGGGAAAGAGUAGAAGCAGAGCGACCAGUUAAGAAGCUGUUGAAAUAGUUCAGGCAAGUAACGAUGCUGAUUUAGUUGAGGGUCCUUAUAGUGACAUGGAGACUGGUGGAUGGAUUUGGGAUGUGAUGCAGAGGUAGUUGGUAAGACUUGGUGGGAUUGGAUUAUACCUUUCUACUGCUGUUUUGUUUUAGGAAAGAAUAGAUAAUGGAAAAGCUUUGACUGAUGUCCCAGGAAGACUCAAACAGAGAUAUUUAAAGAGGAAGGAGAACAUUUACUUGGAAAGAGUGCAGGCGAGCCAAAGGAUGACUUGAUAAAAACUAAACAAACAAAAACCACAAAUAUCUAAAGAAACAAAACUGCAAAAAUACAAAACUUAUCAAGCUUAAAUUGGCCUGUUUGUUGUAGAGAAUGGCUCUCACAUUUGUCAUACUCACAAAUGUCACAUUUUCAGAUAUCGGCAUAGGAAAUAUCAGGGGUAAGGGAUUUUUAUUGUUAGGAAGUCCAGUUUUAAGGGUAAAUUUCAAAAUUUUAUACUUAGGGACCAGUACUAGAUAGGAUGAUCUUAUUAACUUUGUUUUAUCUCAAGGUGCAAAGCAUUUCCUCUCUCCUGACUGAGGAACUGGUGGAUCAGCUGUAUUCAUUUCGCGAGUGCUAUUUCGAGACACAUAGUGUUGAGCAUGCUGGGAGGAAGCAACAAGAUGUGCGGGAAGAGAUGGAGAAGACCCUGCAGCAGAUGGAGGAAGUAGUGGGUUCUGUCCAGGGCAAUGCCCAGGUUCUGAUGCUGACCGGUAAAGCACUGAAUGUGACUCCUAACUAUAGCCCCAAGGCUGAGGAGCUUCUGUCAAAGGCUGUGAAGCUGGAGCCUAAGCUGGUAGAAGCCUGGAACCAGCUGGGUGAGGUGUACUGGAAGAAAGGGGAUGUUGCAGCUGCCCACACCUGCUUCUCAGGAGCCCUCACCCAUUGCAAGAACAAAGUCUCCCUUCAAAACCUGUCAAUGGUGCUUCGCCAGCUGCGGACUGACUCCGGAGAUGAACAUUCUCGCCAUGUCAUGGACAGUGUCCGACAGGCUAAGUUGGCUGUGCAGAUGGACAUCCUUGAUGGCCGCUCCUGGUAUAUUCUGGGGAAUGCCUACCUUUCUCUUUACUUCAAUACUGGCCAGAACCCUAAGAUCUCCCAGCAAGCCCUCAGUGCUUAUGCCCAAGCAGAGAAGGUUGACAGGACAGCUUCCAGCAAUCCUGAUCUUCAUCUGAACAGGGCAACGUUACAUAAAUAUGAGGAGAAUUAUGGUGAGGCUCUGGAGGGCUUCUCUCGGGCUGCAGCACUGGACCCUGCCUGGCCAGAGCCCCGGCAACGAGAGCAACAGCUCCUGGAUUUCCUGACUAGAUUAACCAGCCUCCUUGAGAGCAAGGGAAAGGUGAAGGCCAAAAAGUUACAGAGCAUGCUGGGAAACUUGCGCCCAGCCCACCUGGGCCCUUGUGGUGAUGGGCGCUAUCAGUCAGCCUCGGGGCAGAAGGUGACUCUGGAGCGCAAGCCCCUGAGUGCUCUGCACCCUGGUGUAAAUAGUGGAGCUGUGGUCCUGGGAAAGGUGGUGUUCAGCCUCACCACGGAGGAGAAAGUCCCUUUUACAUUUGGCCUGGUAGAUUCAGAUGGACCUUGCUAUGCAGUUAUGGUGUAUAAUAUGGUGCAGAGCUGGGGAGUGCUCAUUGGGGACUCUGUAGCCAUCCCUGAGCCUAACCUUCGUCUUCACCGAAUUCAGCACAAGGGAAAGGACUAUUCCUUUUCCAGUGUUCGUGUGGAGACGCCCCUCCUGCUGGUGGUGAAUGGGAAGCCUCAGGGCUCCAGCAGCCAGGCUGCUGCCACGGUGGCAUCGAGGCCACAAUGUGAAUGACCCUCCUUGGAUUGCAUGCUGAAGAGAGAGUGGAGGCAAGGAGAUAAGCUCAAGGGCACUUGGCAGCUCCAUCAGCCACUUCUAGUAAUGCAACUGGAAUUGGGAGGAUGUUUUAGAUUACAGCUUUCCUUCCUCUGCCCUGUAAGACGCUUGUGUCUUGUAUUAUGUUUCAGCUCUCUCUGGGGCCACACAUGUUUGUGGUCUAUCUCUUCUGCCUCUUUGCUUGCUCUUCUAUGUUUUGGCAAAGAGUGUGGAAUUGGUAGAAGGGUUGGGACCUUGCCAUGGGAUAGAGUCCCCAAGGUUCCCCUUCUUGCCUCCUUCCUGAGCCUCAUGUGUAUAUAUCAUUUCAGUAUUUAUUGGUAAGGGAGGGGGCUUAAUUUUUUAAUGACUUAGUUUUUAAGCAAUUUUUAUUUUAUUUUUAUUUUAAAAUUUAGAUUCUUCCCCUUCUUUGGGGCUGGAACAGAAUUAAAAUUGUUUGGAAGAAAAA